AUGAGGACUUCUCUCCAAACACUCGCCACCGCCUUCGCGGCCGGCACACUGGCCGCGGCGCAGACGACCACGACCACGGCGCAGACGACGACCUCGCUGGUCCCUGACCCGCCCGCGGGUUUUUGGGCCAACCUCUACAACACCUCGGACUGCAGCGGCACCACCCCCACCCACUAUUACCUGCAGUUCGAGGGCGCGUGCCGCAACCAGCCCAUCUCGGCGAGCGGCUCGGCCGAGAUCAAGAUCGCGAACACUGAUACGCAGGCGCUGACGGCGUGGACGGGCCCCGACUGCACUGGCACGGUCGUCUUGCUCACGCAGGCGGUGGGGGAGUGCGAGGACCUGCCGGGAACAGCGGCUAUUCAGAGCUGGAGUCUCGAUCUCAGAGCCCUAAGCUCUUGA